AUGGCCACCUUUAGAGAGGGGAACAUGCUUCGACCUUCCAUUCAACGAUGCCUUUCCUCCCCUCGACCUACGCUCUUUCUGGGGAAGCGACUGCACGGAUAUAAUCCUGCGAGACUCAGCUUGUCAAAGAAUUUAUCUGUCUUAGGGCAGCAGCGACGGUCGAUCGCGAUUGCAACUGCAUCUCAGUUCAACGCGGCCAAGACACCAGCAGUCAGCAAUGAACCGACAUACAUGUACGCAUCUGGAGAUCCUGGCCGAAAGAAGCUUCUCCAAACCAAGAACGAUGUCGUCUCGAAACUUCCGGUGCAGAUGAAGGUCUACGUCGAUGGCAAGCCGAUAGAAGCUAAGAGCGGCACCGGGAAGCAGUCCAACCCUGGCGAGCCGUCGAUGACACUGAUCGAGUAUCCGAACGUUGCGAAGGACGACGUCGACAGGGCCAUUGGGGCUGCACUCGAUGCCAAAGAGGAGUGGCAACGGAUGUCAUUUGCAGAUCGAGCAGCCAUAUUCCUAAAGGCCGCGGAUCUUGUGUCGGGGAAAUACAGAAAUGAAAUGCUGGUGGCGACGAUGCUGGGGCAAGGGAAGACUGUGUUCCAAGCAGAGAUUGACUGUGCUGCUGAACUGGCGGACUUCUUGAGAUUCAACGUCAAAUACGCCGAGGAUUUGUAUAGCCAGCAGCCGGAACAUAACUCUAGGGGAUGUUGGAAUCGCCUCGAGUAUCGCCCGCUGGAAGGCUUCGUCUACGCCAUCACCCCUUUCAAUUUCACUGCCAUUGCGGGAAACCUACCUGCGGCACCGGCAUUGAUGGGUAACGUCGUGAUUUGGAAGCCAUCCCCACACGCGAUGCUGUCCAACCAUCUUCUCCAUCAAAUUCUGCUCGAAGCUGGGCUCCCGGAAAAUGUCAUCCAACUAGUUCAAGGCGACCCCCAGAUGAUCACUGACGUCGUGCUCGACAACGCUAACUUUGCCGCGCUGCAUUACACCGGCAGCACUGCGGUGUUCAAGAACAUCUUUGCGAAGAUCGGCCAAGGCAUCGCGACGGACAAGUACCGCACAUUCCCCCGUGUUGUCGGCGAGACCGGCGGCAAGAAUUUCCACCUCGUCCACAGCAGCGCGGAUGUCCGCAGCGCCGUCCUGCACACCAUUCGCGCCGCUUUUGAAUACCAGGGCCAGAAAUGUUCCGCACUCUCCCGCGCCUACGUCUCUUCCCAAAUCUGGCCCGAAUUCCAGCGCCUCCUGACCGAAGAGAUCGCCAAGAUCCGCGUCGGCUCCGUCUUCGACUUGCAGAACUUCAUGGGCCCGGUGAUCCACCAGGGCUCCUAUGACCGGCUCACCAGCUGGAUCAACGCGGCGAAGAACGACGACGAGCUUGAGCUGCUGUGCGGCGGGACGUACACCGACCCCUCCGCCGGCUUCUUCGUCCAUCCGACCGUCUACCGCACCACGAACCCCACCCACAAAAUCAUGUCCACCGAACUCUUCGGCCCCGUCCUCUCCAUCUACGUCUACGACGACCCCCCUUCCACCUCCACCCCCUCCGACCGCCCCUACCCCAAACCCGACAACCUCGCCUCUCUUCCCUCGAUCUGCCAGCUUAUCUCCGAAACCACUGCCUACGGUCUCACCGGCUCAAUCUUCGCCUCCUCCCGCCCCGCGAUCCGCGCCGCCGAGGAACAUCUGCGUGACGUUGCGGGAAACUUCUAUGUCAAUACCAAGUGCACCGGGGCGGUAGUGGGGCAGCAGGCGUUUGGGGGAGCGCGGAUGAGCGGGACGAACGACAAGGCCGGGAGCGCGAAUCUGAUCAGUCGGUUUGUGAGUAUGCGGAGCGUGAAGGAGGAGUGGGGGGGGUUAGAGGCGGUGGGGUAUCCGCAUAUGGAGAAGGAUUAG